AUGAUCUCCGCACUGCUCCUGCUUGGCCUUCUGGCCCUUGUCGCUCCAUCCAUGAGUUACAGUUGCUAUGGUGAUAUCAGUGUUCUUCAAGCCCCCACGAUCUCCUGUACUCCUGUAAGAGCCCCAGACUGUGGACUUGCCACGAUACGGAGGACUGCUGAAGCAGACAUCGUCCGCCUGAGGAAAUACGAGAUCCCGAUUAAGAGAGUAGCCAGAAACCUGUGCUUGGACCCGGCACUCAUCGCUGCCAUCAUCUCGCAGGAGAGCCGCGUCGGCCUCCUCCUGAACGACGGCUGGGACCAGGGACGGCAGAAGUACGGCUUGAUGCAGCUUGGCAGGCAGCUAUACCAACCUGUUGGAGUGUGGGACAGUGAAGACCACAUAAAUCAGGGCUCAACUAGGCUGGUUCUUGCAAUUAAUGAAGUACGGGCAAGACAUCCUACCUGGACCUGGGACCAGCAGCUGAGAGGGGGAAUUUGCACCUACCGUGCAAGAAUGGGCAACCUCCAGGUCUAUGAGGACGACCCCUGUGACAGAGAUGACUACUAUGUCAACAGUGUGAUCAGACGAGCCCAGUACUUUAAGAGAAAUGGGUUCUAG